AGAGAGUUAUUAGAGAGAAUUAAGAAAGUCAAGAAUGGAGAAAGAAAGUAUUGUGAUGAUAUUGUUGUUGGCUUUGGGGGUUUUGAGCUUAGCAAAUGCUCAAAGUGCCACAAAUGUAACAGCUACUUAUCAUUUGUACAACCCACAAAUCAUCAAUUGGGACUACACUAAGGCAAAUGUUUAUUGUGCAACAUGGGAUGCUAACAAGCCUUUGGAGUGGCGAAGUCGGUACGGUUGGACUGCUUUCUGCGGCCCUGUCGGUCCUCAUGGCCAAGCUUCUUGUGGACGUUGUACGAAGGUGACUAACGCUGAAACGAAAGCUUCAACAAUAGUGAGAAUUAUUGAUCAAUGCUCCAACGGAGGGUUUGACUUGGAUGUAGGUGUAUUUAUGAGACUUGACACUGAUGGAAUAGGAUCCACGAAUGGGUUUAUUAUGGUCAACUAUGAGUUUGUCGAUUGCUAA